AGUGAUUGUCCCCCUGAGUUGUAAAGUUUGUUGAACUAAAACACCAUUGGUGCAAUUGUUGAAUUAGAAGCACCAAAAUGAGACUGGCAUUCGGACUUUACUUCUUGCUUUACUCGUUUCUGGCAGUAAGCACGGUUUCAGCCCAAAAGAUAAAGCUAACAGGCAAAGCUGCCGAAUACUGUACAGGAAUGUACAGCAGAAUUGAUUGGGGAGGACCAACAGAGCCCUUCAUUAAAGUGGACUUGAAUUCGUUUGAUUCGACAAACCCUGCCACCGGAAAUGCUUCAAUUUCCUUGAUCAUUUUUGAAUACAAAGAUAUCGACCAGUUAGGUGUUACGGACGCAGAGGGCCAUAGAAGAUACAUAUGUGAAGAAAAACUUGUUAACGAGGGUCUUUGUACUUCCGACCAGUUGUACCAGUUCAUUGUGGAAGAUAAUAUUACAACUUACGCUAGUGUGAAGACUGCAGUGUUGACCGAUUUGGGUACUAACGACUUUAGUUAUCUUGUUUCCGAGACGGGUUAUUACUGUAUUGCAGCAUUUAACCCUCCAUAUUCCGGUGGCUUGAAUAACUUUGACAUGACGGUGAACUUUCACAAUGCAUUUGGUAAUCUACCUGCCUCAGAAAUUCCUUUAUUGUCGUUGUACGGUUUAUUAGCUGUGGUUUAUGCAGUUUGCUUGUGCAUAUAUCUAUUUCCGGUAUUUAGGCAUAGGUCAGAACUCUUAUUAUUACAGAAAUACUUGGCGGGCUUCUUUGUUUUCUUGACUAUCGAAGAUAUCUUGACAUGGUCUUUGUACGAUGUGCAAAACAAUAACAAGAAAUACCCUUUACCAGGCGGAGUUCAAUUUUACAUCGUUUUCAUUAGUAUCUUGAAUGCCUUUAAGAUUUCGUUCUCAUUGUUCAUAUUAUUGAUUAUCUCACUAGGCUAUGGUGUUGUUUAUCCAAAAUUACCCAGAAGAUUGAUGAAUUUCUGUAAGAUUGCCUGCAGUAUACAUUUCCUUUUUUCUGUCGGAUUCGCAUGGCUAUCAUAUUAUACAACUCAAUCUCAGCCGACAGCAUCUACAACUGAUACAUCGAAAGCGUCUGAUACUUUUGACUCGGACUCCUGGAUUAUCCUCUUAAUAACCAUCCCCUUAGCUUGUAUUUUCAUGGGUUUAUAUUUUUGGAUUCUAUCAUCAUUGAGAAAAACUACACAAACCCUUGCAGAAAAUAAACAGAUUGUCAAGCUAAAGAUGUACCAGAAGUUGUUCAAAUUAAUAUUUGGUUCAUUGCUAUUACUUGUCUUUGCAUUUAUUGUUUCAAGUAUCAUUGUGUUCAACGACAACUUGACAGAAUCAAUUGAAAGGUUCUGGAAAUUUGAUGACGUUUUGACAACAUUCUGGCCAGCAUGUAUUUAUUUUAUUGUUUUCACAGGGAUUGCUAUAAUUUGGAGGCCAACGGACACUUCAUAUCUUUUAGCUGCCUCGACACAAGUCCCAACUUCUGCAGGAAAUGCUAUUCCUACCGCUGAUACCGUCGACUUAGAGCAGUACGACAACGAUUUUGAGUUUGAUGACCUAAGAAGUCUAGAAAGUAAUAUAAAUCCAUUCGAAACUAGAGAAAAUCACAAUAUUACACAGAGUGCUACGGAGAACCCAUUUGAUGAUUCUAAUCAACUUCAAGAUCCAUUUGAUGAUGGGCAACAUGAUUUGGAUGAGCAACUGAAGCAGGAGAAAGAAAAGCUCAAAUCAUCUGGUAAUACUGACAACUUUGAGUUAGAAGAUGAAACCGACGAUGAAGCCCAAAACCAAGGCAGUGAUUUUGAGAGCAAUCCAAAGACUAAGAGCAAUUAGAAGUAUUAGGUGAGAAAAAAAUAGUUCUCUUCCUUGCUUAAUUUUUACUCCUGCAGGCUCAAAUUUGGUUUCAUGGCCUUUUUUUUGGUAGCCCAUCGCUGGGUCUCUUCUGGCCAACCUCUCCAGAUUCAUUCUUGUUGUAUAUUUUUACUAUGUGACGUAUGCAAUAGUUUACGAUUUAUAGCCGGCUCGCUAUUUUUAUAGGUUAUAAGGUAUCUCCUAUUUAUAGAUUUGUUUGUUAGUUCUACUUCUCCUACAAACGACCAGAAAUCAAUCCCCAAAAAAGAUGAGAAAAGAC